UUAAAGAUAUAAAAAUAUGACUUGUGACAAAAGAAAAUGUGUCUAUAACAUUUUGGAUGGGUAAACCAGCCAGUUCCUAGCAUUGUCCAGUAUGCAGUAUACAGUAUAGUGCAGCUACAAAAGCAUUAAACCUUUCUUUUUUGGUGUUUUCUAUACAGAAUCAAAUUCCUCCUCCUCCCUCACAGCUGAACAUGGCGCACCGAUCUCAGAGCUCGUCCAUUGGCGAUAACCCCCUUGAUCCCAACUACCUGCCUCCGCACUACCGUGAGGAGUACCGUCUGGCUAUUGAUGCGCUCAUAGAAAAUGACAUUCAGGGCUACUUUGAGUUCCUCCAGACUGCAGAUGUGGUCAGCUUCCUGUCGCAGACAGAAAUUGAACACAUCAAGUCCACAAUCCAGGUGCCCAGUCAGGCCUCCGGUCUUCCAGAGUUGACAUAUCUUGAGGGAGGUCAUGAGGUUGAUGGCUCAUCUGACACCUACUGGCCGAUGCAGUCCGACCUGGCUGCCCCCGGUCUGGACCUGGGCUGGCCGUUGCCACAGCACAGCUUCGUUGGGCCGACAGAAGUCACCACUCUGGUCAACCCCUCUGACCCAGACAUGCCGUCCAUCAAGGAGCAGGCCAGGAGACUCAUCAAGAAUGCACGUCAUGUUAUUGCUGUGGUGAUGGACAUGUUCACAGAUGUUGACAUUUUUGCUGACCUCUUGGAAGCGGCAGGACGACACGUUCCUGUUUACAUUCUACUGGACGAACAGGACGCCCAUCACUUUGUGUCGAUGGUCAUGAACUUUAAAGUCAACCUGGACUUAAUUCACACGAUGCGUGUCAGGACUGUGGCAGGAAUAACCUAUAGCUGCCGGAAUGGGAAAUCAUUCAAGGGACAGUUGAAAGAUCGUUUCCUAUUGGCUGACUGCAGGGCUGUCCUCAGUGGGAAUUAUAGUUUCAUGUGGUCCUAUGAGAAGAUCCACCGCUGCAUUGCCCACCUCUUCCUUGGUGAGCUGGUCACCACCUUCGAUGAAGAGUUCCGCAUCCUCUAUGCUCAGUCAGAGCCUCUAGUCAUUGAUCCGUCAGAUGCAACACUUGCUCUCUCUGAUACCAGUAGCACCAGUUCUUAUUUAGGUGGUCAGUUUGGUUUGAAGAGGACCCAGUCUUUGCGUAACCCCAUAGGUUACCGAAGGCAGCCUGAGAUUCCCUCUGCCUUCCCCUACGGAGAAACUGAUCGCAACCUUGCACUUCCUUUCCGGAGGAACGACCCAUAUCGUCACACAGUUGAACCUGGGGCAGGAAUUACUAUUGGGAAGUAUUCCCAGCAACAGUUUCGUCUGCAGCAGUCCUUCCUGGAGCAGGGGCGAUCCAUAGUGUCCCGGCAGAUGGACAUGAGUACUAGUGGCUUCCAGAGACACAGCUAUGCAGAGGGAACCCAGGAAAACUACACAUCGUCAAGGCAAUACAUGAAGCAGAGAGUCAUGAAUAAUCUGGAUGAGACAGAUUUUUACAGGGAGCAGACCCAAGCUAGUCAUUUCUACAGUGAUGGUCCCGGGCCAGGUUCUGGCCACGGACACUACGACAGACUUCGAGGUCGUCCUCCACACCUCCCCAUUGACCAGUAUUCAGAUUCCAGUUAUCGGUCGGAUCUGGAGCCUCCUCCUGGAAUCUACGGCCAAGACUUCUCAUCUGAAGACUUGAGUAGACCUGAAGGACACCAAGUAGCUCCAAUAGCUGGGAGAUAUGGAGGAGGUUCCUCCAAUAAAAGGCCAACAUUAGGUCAGUCUUAUGCCUGCUCACCUACCCAGCCGCACCCACCAGAGAAGAAAGAGUUGCUCAAACAAUCUGACCAACAGCAUGAACAAGAUGCAAGUGUCAGGCAAGGCCUAAGGAGUUGGAGAAUCCACUCAUAUCUUAGCACAUAUGACGACAGUGGAGAGGAAGGUCUGACUCAGCCUUUAGGGCCUGAUGCAUUUGAAGAUCCUGCACCAGCUCAACAGCCUACAGCUGCUGAAAAUUCAGGUCCUCGCUUUGGAACAAAAGACCCGCCUAAUGUUCCUGCAAAGCCCAGACCAGAUAUCUUGAGACCCCGGUUUGGAAAGCCCAAAUUACCGGAGAGCAGCAACAAAGACUCUGCCCCAAACAAGGAUCUGCUUCCCUCAGUCAGUGACUUGAAGCUGGAUAAAAAAGAGAGGGAAAUGGAAUGGGAAAAAGAAAGAGAGAGAGAUUCAGAGAGAGGUGCAACAAAGGAGGUGGGUGUAGAUGUGGAGACGACAGAGGCUCCAGAACGCUUCUUGACUAAACAUGAAUCAUUCCGUUCACGUAUAAACCCACUCCUUCAACGUAGCUCUCGUCUCCGCUCUUCACUUAUAUUCUCAUCUUCCAAGGCAGAGAUGCACAGUGGAAGCCUAGGUUUGAGAACUGCCACAGAGGAAGAUGAGGAGUUAGAUACAGGGCGCACUUCCUCAAUCGUUGCCCAGAUCUUAGAAAAGAGGAGGUCAUUGUCUCGUGAGCCUUUUGAGUGGAGGAGGAAAGCUGAGGAAAAAGAGAAAGAGAAAGAAAGGGAGGAGAAAGAGAAAGAAGAAAAAGAGAAAGAAGAAAAACAAAAGAAAAUGCGCCUUGAGGAGGAAAGGGAGAUUAGAUUGAGAGAUGAAAUUAAAAGAAAGGAGGGGCCGCAGAAAACAAACGAAGAAGUAAAGACAACAACAUUAACAACAAGUGUUGAAAAAUCUGAAGUCACAACAUCAUCUACAUCUUUGAAUAUGAAUGACCCAGCUAAUCGACUGCAGUAUUUCAAAGAAUUGGCGGCCAAGAGAAAAGCCUCUAAAAUUGAGACAGAGUCAACACUAAAAGGCCCAGAACCUGCUGAAAAAAAGCCAGACCUUUCUGAUAAACCCCCUCUCAUCAGUAUGACUGCUAAAGUCCCAACUGUCACUGUCACGUCAACAGAACCUGAACUAAAGAAGACAGACAUCUCCUCCAAACUGGCAGAGCUAACUCGCAGACCCUCAGUUGGUUCCUCUAAACCACCAAUUCUCCACUCCAAGCCAUCCAUCAGCUUCCUGAAGUCUUCAGAGACAUCUCAACCUCAAAAAGAAGAGCAUGCCACAGAGGGCCAAAAGAAAGAUAUAUUCAAGUCUCUAAAGCCUCUUCCUUCACCUAAGCUCUUCAAGAAGGAUCAGCUGAAGUUCAAAGGACUGAAUCCCCGUCGCAUCUCUUGUGAUGAGGAGAUUCUGACCACAGACGCUACAGACGCAGAGAAGAGUGAAAUGAAAAAGAGCCGCUCUUAUAGCUCCUCAACUCUCCUACAUGAUGAUUCUAGGGAAGGACAUCAAAAAGUUAUGGGAUCAAGCACAUCCAUCAACACACUGGGAGAAAGCAAGGGUGAGGGUAAGACAAUCGACUUCUUGAAGAAGCAGACUCAGAGGCUAAAGGGAUUCCUUGGGCCAAAGGAUAAAGAGAAGAAAAACUCAGGAGAUGAUAGGGGCAUGAAUGUGGUCAAAGAGAUUGCAGAAGAGCCUAGCAUAAAGCAGAGUUCAUCAGCUAAAGAUACAGGAUCUACUAAUACCGAUCAGACCACAGCCAAUCACAAGACAUUGACAGGGUCAUCCAGAUACCAGGCACCGAGCAGCUCUGUUUUGUUCAAUAGCAACCUACGAGAUGACACCAAAGUCAUUCUGGAGCAGAUCUCAGCCAACAGCCAGAAAAACCGAAUAGAGCGGGAAGAAACGGGAGCAGACAGAGAUGUUGACGCUGGGGAAAGGGGGCUGGACAGAAACAACUCCAUAAAGAAGAAUCGAUUUCUGCGACCAACAGGAAACAUCCAGGAGCGGGAGGGACUCCUGAAGAGGAUAGAGAGUCUGAGGAAGGAGAAGAAGGUCUACAGCCGCUUUGAGAUGGGGAAUAGCCUGGGUUAAUGGAAGAUGGAGGAGCGGCCUUUUAAAUGGAAACUAUUUAUGCAAGAUGAUCAAAAGACUCAUUGUCCAUUUAUGCCAGCGACACUGUCAAAGUACCUCUGUGGCUCAACACUGCAGCCUCUCCUGGAUUUUCACAACAAGUAAUAAAACUUGAAAAGACUGUAUAAAAAAAAAAAAAAGACUGUAUAACAUAUUGAAAAUAAAAGAAAAGUCACUGAGUUUGGAAUGUGCCCAUUUGCCAAGACCUGGAAACAACUUUUACCGUAUAUGGUGAGAAAGAAGAGAGUCCCCACUUGCACACUGGCUACAUGGGCUGGUGUUUCACCUACCCAAAGAAGGUAGGGCAGCUUUUCAACAAAUUAGCUUGUACGAACGUGAUUAGAGGGAAAGACGGUCCAUGGAAAAGCAGACACGGCACUCACACAAAAACCAAACAAAUUUAAAAAAUAAAGUAAUUCGCUGCACAUGUAUAGUAUAGUAGCAGUGUUGAAUAUGUCUUUUUGGUGUAAGUAAAAUUUGGACUGAAGUGGAUUCCCAGUGUGCCAAAAACUGAAAAGGGCAACUAAUAAUGCAGAGUGGAAAGCAAAUAUGUGAAUAUGAUGAUACUUAAUCCGAAAGUGAGAGCAUGUGUUUACUAAUGUGUGAAUCUAAUGCAGAAGCAGCAGCAGUUAGUAGUUUUGAUUGAAAGUUGAGCCUCUGGUGAACUUUAUCCUCUCAAGAGAGCAUUAUGUACCUUUCUAUUAAGGUGUGGACCCACUUCUCAGGGUUGAAAGUGUCAAGUAACCCUUCAGAGAGGAAGCCUCAAAGUAGUAAGGGGUAAAAAGGAAAGCACUGAUCCUUCACUUAUCCAGUGUAAAUACUCAUGAUUUAUAGCUGACCUGAAAAAGUGUAAAAAUGCACUUUUAAGAAACAUUCAAUAACAUGCCUCACUUUUUUAUUACUUGCUGGUCCUUUAAAUUAGUCAUCACCUCUUAAGGGAAAGGAGGAAUGACAAUACAGGUACAUUUGCAUACUGGAACAGGGCCAUGUCAUCUUACAUAAGACUUUCAACUUCUGAGAACUACGCCCUGUAAAGGACUUCAAACUCUUUUGUUGGUCUUCACUUUUACACCAAAGAUUUAGUUUUAUGGUACCGUUCCUGCGCUGACAGUGAGACAGGACAUCAGACCAUUUUUUUAUGCUUUUAAGUAAAUCAAAAAAAAAUUUGGAGAACACUUAAGGGGUUUAACUCUUUUCUAUGCAAGACGAUAUUGUACAUACAGUAUUUAUGUAAAAUAAGAGCUUGUUGAUAUUCUUAAUUAACUUGAUUAUGACCACUCUUCUUGUACUAUCAACGUGCCUUAUGCUAAUUUUUUAUUUUUUAUUUUAAUUAACGCAAGCAUGUGGUCUUGGCUGUAAAAAGUAACUGCCAUUAAUUAGGGGGAAAUCAGUUGUACAGGGUAAACAUGCUGUCUUUUGUUGUUGUUUUUUUUUAAAGAAAACCUCAGAGUAUUACAUUGUAUAUGUAAUACUGCAAAAAGUGUUUUAUUAAAUCUCUUUAAAACUCAA